AGUCACCAACAUUUCUACUUCUCCUGAGACUAAAACCGAAAGAGAGAGACAGAAAAUGGCGAGGGGAAGCGAAAGUGUGGGUGAGGGCGUACCGAAAGAGAUGAGCGAAGCACUGAGGCGCACGGUAGCCAGCCUGGAGAAUCUGGAAGCAGAGCUGCCGAAUAUUCUGUCUCUCUCAAACCCUUUCAUCCUCUCUAAAAUGCCUCCUCUUCAACGCGCUCACUCUCUCUUAACCCUUGCCAACAUCACUUCCACCCUUUUCUCAUUGAAGUUGAGAUGCAAAGGGACUAAUCCAGAUUAUCAUCCCCUCAAAUCUGAACUUGACAGGUUAAAAGUUUACCAACGCAAACUGGAACCCUUUGGGGAUGUAGGUCAAGCUCUACCACCGCCUUCUUCUUUCUUGGAUGAGCAGCCUUCUGUUGACCACUCCUUACGUGACCUCACUUCAGUACAAAGAAAAGAAAUGGCUAACAUGAGCAUUGGGGAGGUACCAAUGAUGAGCAACUAUCAGGAGCAGGCUGGUCAGAAGAGAAAGCAUCCAUCUUCUGAAGAACACCCUGUUCAAGUUGAUGCUGAGGUGCACGUGAAGAAAGAACCACUUGAGGUUUUUGGUCAUAACAAUGGAAAAACUGAGGAACCAAUAGUCAUUGACAUUUCAGAUGAUGACGAGUGAUGAUCAUUUUGAGCUGCUUGUGCCGUUGUGCCUCCCUUAUUUUUCAGAAUCUGGUAUAACUGAAUAAAAUGGAGCUGCCUUCAAGAGAGAGAAUUUAGUGUCAUCCUUGCUGCUUUCCCAUACUUUUUGGAUGAUUUUCUUAGCAGUGCUGGAGACGUUUAUUUCAACUGAUAAGCAGGGUGGAUUAUGUUUUGCAGUUGGCGACCAUUUGCGUCCAUCAACUGCUUGUAUAGUUUUGUUUUGAUCUCACUGGUUUCCUAUAUCAUCCAUGUUUAUGUUCAUGUUCAUGUUUAUGUUCUUUUCU